UUUCACCAGCUACUUUAACCCGUAUAAGUACACUUGUUCUUAGAACAUUAGGUAGCUAGCUGCUCAUCUUACCACUUACCACCUGGUGUUAUAGCCCUGCUGUACAUAUCUGGAGUGGAGGCAAACAUGCAGCAGCAGCAGCAGCCGCCGCCUCCGAGGAGGAUGGUCGCGUCGAAGAAGCUCAUGAAAGUCGGGCCAUGGGGCGGCACCGGGGGCAACACGUGGGACGACGGCGGGCACACCGGGAUCCGCGGCGUCACACUGUCGUACGACCACCGCUGCGUCGUCUCCAUCGCCGUGGAGUACGACAGGAGCGGCCUCGCCGUCCCCGGCGAGCGGCACGGCGGCGCCGGCGGCAACCACACCACCCAGAUCAAGCUGAGCUUCCCGGACGAGCACCUGACGGCCGUGAGCGGCCGCUACGGCGCGGUGGCUCCCGGUGGCUCGCCAGUGAUCCGGUCGCUGGCGUUCAGGACGGAGCGCGCGGCGUACGGGCCGUUCGGCGCCGCCGAGGGCACGCCGUUCGAGUUCGCGGUGGAGGGCGGCGUGAUCGUGGGGUUCUGCGGGCGGAGCGGCUGGCAGCUGGACGCCGUCGGGAUGUACGUGGCGCCGCUGCGGCCGGAGAAGCUGUACGACAAGGUGCAUCACCUGGGGCUCAUGGCCUACCGCUCGGUCAUGCACCGGCUCGGGCCGGCGCCGGCACCGCCACAGGACGAGCUGCCGGAGGCGAGAGUUCAGCAUCAGCGUCAGAACGGCAGUGUGGUUCAGACAAGUCGCAAGAAUUACUAAGUGGUCAGCGUGUACUUACUACUCAGUACUACUCAUUAGCUAGAAUGGCAAAUUCAUGGCUGGGUCUCUGUCGUGCAGAUUGAUUCGGCUGGUAUAUAUGAAACCAGAAAUGCUUAAUGCAGGAGAUUUACUACAAGGCGACAUGGUUUGGUACUCUCGAAUGACAACAAAAUAAUAUUCUCGAAGAAGAAACCACAACAAGAACAACAACAAUGAUGAUGAUGAUGUCGAUGAACCACAAAUAACAAGAGAGAAGUCCAUGUUUCAA